AAUUAACAUCACAGGCUCCCGCGGGCACCGUUCUGAUAUGGCCGCGGGCGGCCAAUGGGCAGCGCCGCCCGCGCCCAUCAAAGGCGCCGCCCGCCAAUCAGCGGGGCCCCCCCGCCGGCGCGGUGAUGUCACCGGGGGGGACGUUUAUGGCGGGCUAUAACAGCGGCCCGGCCGCCGAGGGCGCGGGGAGGCGGCCCGGGCCCGGCUCGGUGUCGGUGCGGCCGUGCCAGCGAGCUGCCCCGCGGGCGGGCGGGCGCGGGGCCGGGAUGAGCUCCCCCGGCGCGGAGGGCGCGGGCAAGCCCCCGCAGUACCGCGUGGACCACCUGCUGAGCGCCGUGGAGAGCGAGCUGCAGGCGGGCAGCGAGAAGGGGGACCCCACGGAGCGGGAGCUGCGCGUCGCGCUGGAGGACAGCGACCUGUGGCUGCGCUUCAAGGAGCUCACCAACGAGAUGAUCGUCACCAAGAACGGCAGGAGGAUGUUCCCGGUGCUGAAGGUGAGCGUGUCGGGGCUGGACCCCAACGCCAUGUACUCCUUCCUGCUGGACUUCGUGGCGGCCGACGGGCACCGCUGGAAGUACGUGAACGGGGAGUGGGUGCCGGGCGGGAAGCCGGAGCCGCAGGCGCCCAGCUGCGUCUACAUCCACCCCGACUCGCCCAACUUCGGCGCCCACUGGAUGAAGGCGCCCGUCUCCUUCAGCAAAGUCAAACUCACCAACAAGCUCAACGGCGGCGGGCAGAUCAUGUUGAACUCCCUGCACAAGUAUGAGCCACGGAUUCACAUAGUGCGAGUGGGUGGCCCGCAGCGGAUGAUCACCAGCCAUUCCUUCCCAGAAACCCAGUUUAUAGCUGUGACAGCCUACCAGAACGAGGAGAUCACAGCUUUAAAAAUUAAAUACAAUCCGUUUGCAAAGGCAUUUCUUGAUGCAAAAGAAAGGAGUGAUCACAAAGACAUGAUGGAGGAAGUUGGGGACAGCCAGCAGUCUGGGUAUUCACAGUUAGGUAGCUGGCUUAUUCCUGGCAGUGGGGCUCUGUGCCCCCCUGCCAAUCCUCACGCGCAGUUUGGAGCCCCGCUGUCGCUGUCCCCUGCCCACAGCUGUGAGAGGUACUCAUCGCUGAGGAGCCACCGGCCUGCGCCCUACGCCAGCCCCUACACACACAGGAACAACUCGCCAACAGCCUAUGCUGACAACUCCUCUGCCUGCCUAUCCAUGCUGCAGUCCCAUGACAACUGGUCUUCUCUGGGAGUUACUACACACACAGCCAUGCUGCCCAUGGGUCACAGCACUGGCACAGCUACCAGCUCCAGUCAGUACCCCAACCUGUGGUCUGUGAGUAACAGCACCAUCACGCCGGCGUCCCAGCCGAGCGGCAUGUCCAACGGGCUGAGCUCCCAGUUCCUGCGUGGCUCUCCAGGACACUACUCAGCUCUGUCCCACCCCGUGACAGCAGCCUCCUCUGCCUCACCCCUGUACGACGGCGCGGCGCCCGCGGACCUGCCCGACAGCCAGUACGACGCCUCUGCACAUGCCAGGCUGGCAUCCACGUGGACACCUGUCACCUCCCCUUCCAUGUAAAGCCAGGCCUCUUCCUCUGAGACACUUUUAGCUACCAAAUUACUUUAGAUGCUUAAUCCUCAAGGAGGAGAUGUGAAGGAAACUGCAGCCAAAAAGCAUCUGUAUGGCUCUGCAUAGAGCAUCCACAUUAUACCUCUUACAGUGAACGGUGCAUCACUGACUUCAUGUAGAGUUUACAAACCUGGUGAGUGUGCAAUUCUGAGAGCAGAUUCACUGCUUUUAAGAUUUUUUUUUUCUUUUUUCAAGUUUGAUAGACCUAAGUUUUAAGAUUUUUACUUGGAUUCCAAAUUUCUCAGUGUUCUGAUAUAUUUGGACCUGGAAUUUGGCAUCAUUCUUGAGUAAGUUAACUCCUAACUGUUUUUCAGUUAGUUUUUUUAAAUGGCAGACUUAGCUAUAGUCAUGAGAAGAUUUGUAUUAACCAUCUAGUUAGAAGCAUUCUGAAAUACGCACAAAUGUAGCUGCGGAGAGAAGUUUUUGGAAAAUCAUGUGCACUAACACGUAUUUGCUUCACAAAUACGUUGUGUUCUUAACUGUAUGCUUAUUUCCUUGCUGCUGAAUUAAUGUCGAGACAAUCUUUGAGAACUAUGUUCUUCCCAAUAAAAACAGUAUUAAUGUUUGGUCUAAAUUUUUUACCCAAAAGACUUCUUUUAGAGGUAAGUUUUGCUUUUUGAUCAUAUAGGUUUCAAAUACCCACCAGCUUAGCUAAACAUCUAAUUUGCAAACAGUGUCUAAUUAGAAGCCCAACCCAAAACCUUUUUGAACCAUUGGGAAUAUAUCACUUGGAGGAUUUUUUUUCAUCUUUGGCUUAGGCCUUAAGAGAAGGAAUUCAACACCUUAGGGAAUCAUUCUAAUUUAUUUUAUUUCAAUCUUGUACUCUGAUCUGUAUUUAUUAUUUGGUAAGUUACAACUUUAUCUUCUACAUGUUAAGAUAUGUAAAUAAUCCCUCAACCUACAGUGUACUCUUUUAAGACAAUCAUAUGUGGGAUAUGUCACCCCAUGGCACAUGGAACAGCAUGGAUGUAAGUAGUUAACUUACUGGAAGAGGGAGAUCUGUAGUUGCCAAGGUUUUUGCACAAAAGUGCAGGUGUACUAAAAUUUAAAACACACUGGCUGCUUGACUUGCUGAAAGGAACAGGUCUUGAUAAAAUAUUUGCUUCAUUACCGAUACGAAGUAAUGUGAUCCAAAUUCAUGAUGCAGACUUAACCCAAAACAUUGGCUGAAAGUGUGCCCUUAAAUGUGUCUUUCUCCCACUGAAUCUGGCAAAUACAUAUCCUGAAGAAAGUGAAUUCUUUUGCAUAAGCCAUAAUAAAUAACUUGUAUAAUGAAGUGCCUAAUAUAGCAAAGCAAAAUUCUGUAUCAGGGAAUUCCUUAAAUAACUCAUUGAUGUGUGCUUAUGUGCUGCAGUGACAGCUUUAAGAUGAAAAAGCAAAUACUUGCCACCAUUUUGGUCUGUUCGGUACCCUUUGGGCAGGAUCCUGCACCUAGAAAAGUUUUGGCAGGGUUUGUUCCCUGCAAGUCUCCCAGAGGUACUCCAGCAGGAGACAGCACCAAAAGUGGGUGGCUGCAUAGCCACAUCCUCUGUCAAUAUGUAAAUAGUGAUCUAAGUGCUCCUAUUUUAUUGUGAAGGUAAAUUGUGUAAAUGAUGUAAGUGCAUUAUUAUUUAGACUAUUUUGUAGAAAUUAGCAGUGUCUUUCAUUGUGAGGUUUUACACUUGUAUUUUGGACGUAUAAUUUAAGUUAAG